AUAAGUGAGGGAGCAGAUAUCCUAGAUAUAGGGAGAUGGGGUAAAGGUGACCAAUAGUUCCAUAUAUGUGUGGUGAAGCUUUAGUUCAGUGGGUCGUUUUAAGUUGACUCAGUGUCAUCAUGACGAUCAGUCAUCCUCUGCUGGCAGUACUGGAAUUUCCCAAAUGUUUCGGAAAUUCACCCUGACUGCGAGUUUCAAUUUCACUUAUCCCUUUCUAAUAAUGACAUGACCGAGAAGCAUUCAGUGGUCUACAUGAGACAGGAGCGUCUGCCUCUCACCCAUAGCAAACCAAAAAGGGAGUGACUUUUGGACGGCUUACUUUCAAUUUCAGUCGCAAUCGUUUUUAUUAACGGACGGCUCGUUUGCUCACAAGACCUGGGCUACUGGAAAAAAUGAUUUUCUGUUACAUAUUUUUGUUUGUUACUUUGAUGAAUUGUGUGUCCAGUUGUGAUAACAACUGUGCAGAUAAACCUGUGUUCACCCCAUCCAGAGUGGUAGUGAAGAAUGGCGACCCAGCCUCUGCCAGGUGCUCUGUAUGUCAGCAUGCUUGCCUCAACAAGUUAUUUGGUUUGGAAAGCCCUGUGGGAGACUCAAACAACAAACGGAACCACGAUUUCAUGGACGGUUGACAGAAUGACUGAAUGGAGCCCGUCUGUCAUGUGCUAUUAUAAUGGUGAUAAUGGCCAGUGUUGUACCACCCUGCCUGUAACUGUCUACCAGCCUCCACACAUUGUGUCCAUCAGCUUUGUUAAUCACACUGGGCCGAUGUUGGAGGGUCACCAGUACACUCUGCAGUGUACAGUACAGGAUGUUGCUCCUGUUGAAAACCUCAUUGUGAUCUUCUACAGAGGACAGACAGCUCUGGGUCAGCUGCAGUCCAGCAACACAGAGAACAAACCGGUGACUGAGAUCUUCACUUUAAACAUCACCCCCAGUAAAGAAGAUGAUGGAGUCCAGUACAGGUGUGAAGCAGAGCUAGAACUGGGACCUGAAGGACCACAGCCCCCUCCAGUGGUGAUGUCACAAAACAUCACCGCUGCUGUCUACUUUAAGCCUCAGCUAGAGGGGACAUCACAUCCAGAUCCGAUUACUAUCACAGAAGGAAACCCUCUACAGCUGAACUGCUCGGCUGUGGGAAACCCCAGCCCCUCAUACACCUGGAUGCUCCCAUCAGGUAGAGCUUCCCCCUCCAGUGGCAGCGUUCUCACUAUCAGCUCUGUAGCUGCUGAGCAUAAAGGGCAGUACACCUGUUCUGUCAGCAACAACGUGGGGAAUGUCACUGUGAAGUACAACGUGGAUGUCAAAGUCAACUACAUCGGAUACAUUAUAGCGGGAAUAAUAAUAAUUGCUGCUCUAGUUGUCAUCGGGCUAAUAGGAUACUUCUAUUACUACAAAACCAACAGAAUGGGACAAUACAACCUGAAGGACGUUUUCUGUUUGCACACACGACACGCUGCCGUGCCCAGUGCAGAAUAAGUCUGCGUGAAGGCAGGAAAUGUGAAUGGACAGUCUGGAGCUGUUGCUUUGUCAUUAGCUGUGACUAAUGACAAAGGUUAUUGAUUAUUAAUACUGAAUAUCGAGUGUUGGCAGGCAAAAUUUCUAGUUUUAUAAGUAUAUUGAAGCAGUGCAGAUUGAUUGAUAAUAAGAUAUUAAUUUCUCUUAAAUGAACACAGGCUAUUCAUGUAAAUUGAUGAAUGUGAGACUGAAGAGUGAAAAGUAGUUUACAAAUAAAGACGUCUAUAUCCAUGUAACCUAUUUUCUGACUUUCUUUGCAGUUAGUUAAAUAGUAAAUUGGAACAUCAAUUGAAGCUGUUGUUCAGGCGAACAUGCUGUUUUACUGUUUCUCUCAGAUGUAUUUUGGUUGUGUUACUGUAAAGGACUGUAAAGAGCGGUACUAUAUAUAUAAAGCUUAAUAUUAUUGUGUGAAAAUUCUCACAUUGAACUUCACAGCUGUGUUCAACCACUGAAGACUCAAGCCUCACCUCGUUCUAACCCACAGCUAGUGAUCUUGCAACAGUUGCUGUGUGCACGUCUGUGUGUAUAUGUGUAUAUAUAUGUGUUUGUGUGUGUGUAUUGUAUUGAUGUGCUAGCUGAGUGACACUGAAAAAGAGGAAUUCAUACAAACAAAACUGUAUAAUAAUGAACUGUACACUGAAACUUCAGUAAGCAAAUAUAAGCUUUGACCAUGUUUCAUUUUCAUACAUGAAUAAAUGAUAACACUUAACAAUAA